GCGGAUGUAUCAGUUACUUCCCCUUACUGGAACUCUUUUGUGUACGCAUGGAAACUGUUUACAAAUGGCGGAUUAGUCAAAAUUUUCUAGUUUUGUAUUUUGGGAUGGGUUUUACUAGUACAGCCGAAAGGAAGCAAUUUGUUGAAGGAGUCGCAGAAAAUAUAAAAUCUUAAAAAAGAAAACUUGACAAAACCUGAAAGAACACGAUGGCUACCACAUGGGAAGUGGCUGGUACAGCUGGUCGAGCCUCACAACUGCAGACUCAGAUCAGCAAAGAGGAUCUACUGAAAACACUGGGAAAUCAACUGAACAUGGAUUUCUCUCAAUAUGAAAAAUGGACUAGAAAAACCAAAGUUACAAGGCCACCACCUCCUCCAAAAGAUGGUGGAAGUAGAAUGUUGAUGAUAGGGAGAGCCAAAUCAGCUGAUUCCUGUUCUCACGGCAAAAAUCAGGGCCAUACAACCUACAGAGAAAAAAAAGAGGCAGCCAAAAUGGUAGGGGUGAACAAGGAAAGAAAUGAGAGGAUGAAAAUACUAGAGUUAAGAAUUAGGACCAGGAAGAAAACGUUAGAGGAAUAUCAGAAGAGAAGCAGGGAGCUUUUGGAACAAAAUAUGAAAUUGAAAGAGAGCAUUGAAACGGAUGAAUAUGGAACAUUAAAUGCAGUAAAGGGCCUGCUUAGAAGAUAUGAGAAAUACAGGGGUGGUAUAACAACUUUGAACUCCAAUUUUGUGAAAGAAUUUGAUGCAGCUGUGAGAGAUCUAGAGGCGACAAGUAGGAGGAUUGACUCGCAGCUUCAAGCACUGGAAAAGAAAGUCUCAGAUCUAGAUGAAUCUUUGAAAGAAAAACAAGAAGAAUUGCACACACUCAUGAGUUAUAAAGAUAAAGAAUACCCAGUGAAAGCCAUGAGAAUUGCCACACUGCAGAAAGAAAUACAAAACCUUAAGAUAGCUAACCAGGAAGACCAAGAGGAUUUAGAACAUAUAGUUUUCACAGAGUUAGAAAAGUAUGAAAAGGAACAAACACGAUCAGCCAAUCUUAUCACCAAAAGCAUUACAGAGACAGCUAUUGCUAGGAUGCAUCCAAGUCUGAAAGAUAUGGCACUUCAAAAUAUGGUGAUGGCUAAGGAAAUAGAAUUACACAAAAAGGAGCAGGACGGUUUGAUCAAAGUCAAUCAAGCUCUUGAAGCAGAAGUGAAAAAGUUGCUGCAAGAUCCAAAGACUAACACACGUCUUCAGAUGUUUCCAGAAUUCUUCCCUAGUAGACAAAAAUGCACCCCUGACAUGGAAGUUGUUUUGGACAUUCCUACAAAAGAAUGGCUGCCUAUAUAAACUGUUACUAUUAACAGAUGCUCCUGUAAUACCCUUAUUUGAUUACGUUAUGUACAUGCCUUAAACUUCAAUUUGCCUUAUGUUAUUGUUUUGAACAUGCAUAUAGACUUUGUCAUCAUGUGAUUUGAAUAAACAGUAUUCACACAA